AUGCCGGGCCAUGACUGGGCCAAAGACAGCGUAUAUUUUCUCGAUAUCAAGACUCUAGAGAAGAGCUUUUUGCGCAAGUCUCCAACUAAGGAAGCCAUCGAAGCGAUUUGCAAUGAUCCGUGGAUCAAAGAAACAACGCCAUCCAGACUCUCGAGAGGUCGGCCAGUCUAUGUUAUCAAUGGACUGAUCGUAGCAAAAGGCGUGCGUGUGAGAGAGAGUAAAUACUUAAUGGCAGAGGUCCUUGGAGACCCGCCGUACACCGCAGAUCAAAGUUUUGAUGCUGUAUUGGCGUAUUCGCUGCUGGAAUUCAAGUCACGAUUGGGAGCCGGCGACAAGCCAACCGUCAGAGCCUACGACGGUGGAAAAGCAGCUAUUCUAUAA